GGAAGAUUCCGGCUCGGACCACUUCUGGUCAGAUCCUCAGACAGGAUGAGAUCUGGGUGUAAAGUGUUUGGAUCCAGAACCACAGGAUCUCCAGAGAGACAUAGAGGCUGAACGACUGGCGUGAUGAAGGACUUCACACCCCUCUACAGACGCCACUACUGUUCCUGUCUCCUGGAGCGUGUGCAGAACCAGCUGUGAGACACAGACCCUUACUGCAACAUCCUGGAAGAACACGCGUCACUUCCUGUCUAUGGAUCCAAAUCUACUCCAUGGUUGUAUCCCCUUGUUCUUGACCUGUGCACCCCUCCUCUCCUCUCCCAGGAUGUGAUCCCCAACAGUGGGGUGCUACUGGAGGAUGCUCUGCUACAGUAUCUGGAUAGCAGGUGGAGACGGCUCCACCUUCAGGUCACAAAGAGUUAUGCAGUCCAGAGCCACGGCUCUAAAGAGGAGAAGAAACAGUCCAAUGGGAAGGUUGGUGGGUUCAGUUUCAGUUAUUAAAUUGGUUCUAACGUGUGUGUGUGUGUGUGUGUGUGUGUGUGUGUGUGUGUGUGUGUGUGUGUGUGUGUGUGUGUGUGUGUGUGUUUUCAGGUGUAUGGAGGUGGCUGGGAGCGCAGGAGGGAUGUGGUUCUGUCUGGCUGUCACACCUGUACCUCCAUCCUGGUGGACAACAUGUGUCAGCACAUCACAGGUGAUAUUCUCAGUGUCUGACUCACCCUACUCUUCUGACCCAGCUAAUCUCCCACUCUAGGGGGAGGAGAGGGGAGGCGACAGGGAGAGAGACACAGGGACAGAGAGAGAGAGAGAGAGAGAGAGAGAGAGAGAGAGAGAAACAGAGCGAGAGAGGGAGGGAAAACACUGGGAAGAGAAGCAGACGAAUAAAGAAUGAAGGAAUAACGGAAAGAAGGGAGCGAGGGAGAGUGAGGGAGAGAGAGAGGGAGGGAAACAACAGAGGAAGAGACAAGAUGAAGAUGAAGAAAAAUUGAUAACAGGAACGGUUUUUUGGACAACCUGCCAGACGGAGAGACAGAGAGGACUACAGACUACAGUCUGAAGGUCAACUCGGAGAUAUCUGUAGUAGACCAUGGUAGAUUUGUUCCUAGGUCGUUCACUAGUAUGUAACAACAGAGACCGUGUUGAGUACGAUACGGAACGGGAAGUCAUCCUCCGUCUCCAGAACCGGAUCCUGCUCCUGUUCUUUGGUUCCGCAGACUGCCAACGGUGCCAGGAGUUCGUCCCAACGCUUAAGGACUUCUUCAAGCGUCUAACUGAUGAGUUCUACGUGGAACGCUCCGCCCAGUUGGUCCUUCUGUUCAUCAGCCUGGACCAAUCAGAGGAGCAGCUGGAGAACCUCCUCAAAGAGCUGCCCAAGAAAUGCCUGUUCCUAACCCACGAUGACCCCUAUCGCAGAGAGCUGGAGUCUAUGUUUGAGGUAGAGGACGUACCGAGGGUGGUGGUUCUGCGUCCAGACUGUUCUGUUCUAUCUCCCAACGCUGUCUCUGAGAUAAGCAGCCUCGGAACCGACUGCUUCCACAACUGGCAGGAAUCAGCUGAGCUUAUCGACAGGAACUUCAUGCUGAACGAGGAGUUUGAUGACAAAAAGAUGCGGAGCGUCACUGACCCGAUACGCCGCCUCAAAUACAAGGUGAAGACGAAGAAGAGGAAGAGGCAGUGGGGGUGGGGGGGUGGUGGAGCCGGAGAGGAUGAGGGAGAGGAGGAGGAGGACGAGCAGGAGGAGGAGGAAAGAGGAGAGAAAGAAGGAUGAGAAGCAGAAUGGAGGAGGAGCUUGUGGAGGAGGAGGAAGAGAAGGAGGUAGAGAAGGAGGAUGAUGAAGAGGAGGUGGAAGGUGGUCCUGGGGUUGAGAUGUGUAUAAUAUUGUGCGUGUGUAUAUAUCGUGUGUAUAUAAAAGGGAAGAGGAAGAAUGAGAAAAGUAGGUGGGAUUCCACUCCACUCUUAAGCACAGGCCAAUCAUGUGAAUUAUCUCCAAUGACUGGUUGGUUCUGUCAAGACAGACCUCUUGAUUGGUUGAUUGUCGCUUCUGUUAAUGACUGGAUUGCUGAUGCUGCCAAGACAAUUGUUGUGUCCCAAGUGGCACCCUAUUGCCUUCAUAGUGCACUAUUUAUGAUCAGGGCCCAUAGAGCUCUGGUCAAAAGUAGUGCACUAUGUAGGGAUGUAGUGUGACAUUCGGGAUAUAGCCAAUAAUGGGUUGUAGUGAUAUAAAGCUUUUCAUUAGGCCUCAAAACACUCAUGCUAAUGCUGAUGCUAACUAACGAUUAGCAAUGACUAAAUAAUAUGAACUGAUGCUAACAAGCGAUUAGCAAUCACUGAAUAAUAUGAACUGAUGCUAACUAGCGGUUAGCAACACCAAUUGCACACUCCCUCAAAACUGGAGAUAUCUGUGGCACUGUAGAGAGAGAGAGAGAGCACAAGGUGCCCCUGUGUAAUGGUCAUGCUGUUUAAUCAGCUUCUUGAUAUGCCACCCCUGUCAGGUGGAUGGAUUAUCUUGGCAAAGGAGAAAUACUCACUAACACGAACAUAAACAAAUUUGUGCAUUUUUUUGUUGUUGAGAUAUACGAUUUUUGUGCAUAUGGAACAUUUCUG